AUGCGCGGAUACAUCCUCUCUUUGUUGGCUGCGACUUCUGUCUCAAGAGCUGCGACUCUGCCAGCUCACGACAGCAAGUCUGAGAAAAGAACUGUUAGCGAUUGGGCGACCGCAUACACCAAAGCCAAUACAGCACUCGGGAAGCUAUCGAUCGGCGACAAAGUCGGCAUUGUAUCAGGGACUGGAUGGCAAGCUGGGAACUGCGUCGGAAACACAAAGGCCGUCGGUUCAAUUGGAUACCCUUCGUUAUGUCUUCAGGACGGUCCUCUUGGGGUUCGAUAUGUUAAUGGCGUUACUGCAUUCCCCGCCGGAGUUCAAGCUGCUUCUACUUGGGACAUUGACUUGAUUAGAGAAAGAGGCAAUUUCCUAGGCGCCGAAGCCAAGCAAUUGGGUAUCCAUGUGCAACUAGGACCAGUUGCUGGACCUCUAGGAAAGAUUCCCACCGGAGGCCGCAAUUGGGAAGGGUUUUCCCCAGAUCCAUAUCUCACUGGAAUUGCAAUGGCUGAGACGAUUGAGGGCAUGCAAGAGGCGGGCGUGCAGGCGUGUGCGAAGCAUUACAUUAUGAACGAGCAGGAACGAGGACGAGAUACUAUGAGCUCGUCCGUCCCUGACCGCGUUUUGCAUGAGCUUUACCUAUGGCCUUUUGCCGAUGCUGUGAAAGCCAACGUUGCGUCGGUUAUGUGUUCGUACAACAAGAUCAAUGGAACAUACGCGUGCGAGAAUAACGGCAUCAUGAACAAACUCUUGAAGGAUGAAUUAGGCUUCCAAGGAUACGUCAUGUCCGACUGGAAUGCCCAACAUACAACAGCCGGCAGUGCAAAUGCAGGACUUGAUAUGACUAUGCCCGGAAGCGACUUCAACAAGAAGAAUGUUCUUUGGGGAUCAGCUCUACAAUCCGCUGUUCAAGGUGGCCAAGUCGCCCAAUCCCGACUCGACGAUAUGGUAAAGCGUAUUCUUGCUGCUUGGUAUCUUGUCGGACAAGACAAGGGGUAUCCUACGGCAACAUUCAACUCGUGGAAGAUCGGCACGCAGAAUGUUCAGGGGAACCACAAGACGAAUGCUCGCGCUAUCGCUAGAGAUGGCAUCGUCCUGCUGAAGAACACGGGUAAUGCUUUGCCGUUGAGGAAGCCCAAGAGCAUAGCUGUUAUUGGUAGUGAUGCUGUAGUGGCGCCCAAAGGCAUGAACGCAUGCGCUGAUAGAGGAUGUAACGACGGAACGCUGGCAAUGGGUUGGGGAAGUGGAACUGCUGAGUUUCCAUAUCUCAUCGCCCCUCUGGACGCUAUCAAAUCGCAGGCCCAGAAAGACGGGACUACUGUAACGACUUCCACCAACGACAACGCACAGCAAGGUGCUUCGGCCGCUCAAAGCGCCGACUAUGCUCUCGUGUUUAUUAACGCAGACUCUGGCGAAGGCUAUAUCACAGUCGAAAAGAAUGCCGGAGACCGCGUUGAUCUCAAUCCAUGGCACAAUGGAAAUGACCUUGUCAAAGCCGUUGCUGCUGUCAAUAAAAAGACCAUUGUCGUGAUCCACAGCGUCGGUCCUCUGAUCUUGGAACCCUAUAUUGACAACGAUAAUGUCGUAGCUGUUGUCUGGGCUGGCCUUCCGGGGCAGGAGAGUGGUAACGGUCUCGCGGACAUUCUUUACGGGUCGACAUCUCCUAACGGCAAACUUCCUUACACAAUUGCCAAGCAGGCUAGUGACUACGGGACAUCAGUUGCCGGAGGCGAUGAUAACACGUGGGAUCUGUUCGUCGAUUACCGGAGAUUCGAUCAGCAAAAGAUUACGCCGCGAUUCGAGUUCGGCUUUGGCUUGUCAUACACAAACUUCACCUACUCCGACCUCUCUAUUACCGGUACGCCAUCAUCUGGCCCGGCAUCCUCCACCAAAGCCCCGGGCGGCGCUGCAGACCUCUUUGACACAGUAGCAACCGUUACCGCCAAAAUCACAAACUCCGGCAGUGUAGCAGGCGCAGAGGUCCCGCAGCUCUACAUCGGCUUACCGUCGUCGGCACCCCAGGCUCCACCAAAGCAGCUCAGAGGCUUUGAUAAGCUAAAGUUGGAAGCUGGUGCUAGUGGGACUGCGACAUUUAAGCUGAGGAGGAGGGAUCUGAGUUAUUGGGAUGCUGGAAGGCAGCAGUGGGUUGUGCCGAGCGGGGAUUUUGCUAUUAGUGUGGGUGCGAGUAGUAGGGAUAUUAGGUUGACGGGGAAGGUUACGGCGUAG